UCUAGUAUUCAUGUGGGUUGAACCCGGAACGGCUCUCUGCUACAGUCAGCUGUCUGUCUUUGACACGAACCAGCGGGAUCACACCACCGCUUCUCUGUGAUUGCGGGUCUGGAGCCACACGAUGGCGCAACAGAGGAGCGGAAGCCACACCUCAUACCUUUAUCCUCUAAUUUCCUCCUGUUUUUUGUAAAACAUCAAUGGGGAGAGUGGAUUUGCAUGUCCGGCCGGCUGUGCCAAUGGGCGCACUGGGAAGGCUGGUCCAGCGGGUGGAGCUGUGGGAAGCGGCCCAGUAAGCGCAGCCAACCGCCAGAGCAUCCGAUGUUACACGCACCGACUCCAUCGAAGUCCCUCCUUCUAUUAACCGAGGUUAAAUCUGAGGUUCUGGGCCGAGCCGCUGCUCCGAACCUCUUCAUCAUCAGUGCAAUCUAGGGGAGAGUUCUCGUCGCUCUGCGGCUCCGGAGCCUCCUGCCGUCGGCUCAGCGCGGAUGAAGAGGGGCUGGGAGGACCCACCUCCAGCACAUAAUUAACUGUUUUGUUUCCAUCCCGGGUUCUGGUCUGGAUUUACUCCGAGGAGGGGAAGCGAGGAGACGACCAUCGUUCUGCUGUUCCAGGGAACACGUGACGCCGGAGAUGAACAAACUUCGGCAGAGCCUGAGGAGGAAGAAGCCCACGUAUGUGCCCGAGGCCAGCAGACCACACCAGUGGCAGGCGGAUGAGGAGGCUGUACGCAAAGGCAAAUGUAACUUCUCUGUUCGGUAUCUGGGGUUGGUGGAGGUGGAGGAGUCCAGAGGGAUGCAUGUAUGUGAGGAGGCAGUGAAAAAGCUGAAAGUUAGUGGCAAGAAGACAGUGAAAGCAGUAUUGUGGGUUUCAGCUGAUGGACUCAGGGUGGUGGAUGAUAAAACCAAGGACCUCAUCGUGGACCAGACCAUAGAGAAGGUCUCAUUCUGCGCUCCAGACCGUAACUAUGACAAGGCCUUUUCCUACAUCUGCAGGGAUGGAACCACCAGGCGGUGGAUGUGUCACUGCUUCAUGGCUCUGAAAGACUCGGGAGAGAGACUUAGUCAUGCUGUGGGGUGUGCCUUUGCUGCCUGCCUGGAGAGGAAGCAGCGUCGAGAGAAGGAGUGUGGGGUGACAGCUUCCUUUGACGCUAGCCGCACCUCUUUUGUGCGUGAGGGUUCCUUCCGCAUCAACUCAUCUUCCAGCCAGCAGGGCAGCAGCAGCGAUCGAGAUGAGAAGGUGCAGGACAAGAAGAAAGGUAGGAGGGCCCCUCACCUGGGAUGGAUCGCUCACAGAGUCAGAGGUGCAAUUCCAGAAAUCUUAUGUGGGAAUCUCAUUUAUCUCCCAGAUCAACCCUGUACCAUCCCAGCCCUCCCACCUGGUGCCGCCUCCCCACCUGAGGGGGCAGCGUCCCCUAUGGAGCGCCCAGAACCAGGCGUGCCUCAUGCCAUUCCUCGCCGCCACGCGCCCAUCGAACAGCUGGUGCGCCAAGGCUCUUUCAGGGGAUUUCCAGCUCUCAGCCAGAAGAACUCUCCAUUCAAGAGACAGCUGUCGCUCCGCCUCAACGACCUGCCAUCCACGCUGCAGCGUAAGACCGACUUUCAGGCCAAGAACCCUGUACCAGAGAUGGACGGGUGCCUACCAUGUGAGGGUGACAGUAGUAUAAACGCCUUGUGCAGUCAGAUCAACGCUUCCUUCACAAAGCCGUCAGAUGAGCUCUUCUCCAGCCCAUCCUUGUCUGCGAAUGACCUGCCACCUUGCACUGCACCUCCCAUUCUGCCUCCACCUCCUGCCCCGCUGCAGGCUACCCCAUCCUGGGUGCAGCCAGAAUCCUCGCUCCACUCUCCUCCUGUUUCCGUGGCGAUGCAGAUGGGCCACAGACGCACUCCUUCAGAGGCAGAAAGAUGGUUAGAGGAAGUGUCUAAGGCUGUGAAAGCACAGCAACAGACACCCUUUUCGUGCCCCACCAUCCCAACUAUUCCUGGACCACCUUCCGUAACCACUCAUCACAUAUCUACUCCAGCAGCCAUGUCAGCUGCCCCUGUAUCCACUGUCUCUAUAUCCACUGGGCCCAUGGGCACCUUAUCCAAACCUCUUAUGUCAGUCCCCUCUGCUCUUCCAGGUCAAGGCCCAGUGCCCCUCCCACCCAUGCCAAUAUCAUCUGUUCCUUUGAUACCAGGUCCUCCAGUAUCCAGUCCUCCAAUGUCUCUUCCAUCCAUGUCCAUCCCCACCAUGUCUGGUCCGAGCAUGUCCGGGGCCUCAUUAAUGCAGCCCCCUCUCUCUGGACCCCCUGGCUCUCUCCCAAGCUCAAUGCAACCAUUCUCUCUGGCUUUUGAUGCCACUCCAGCCCCAGUAGGAAUGUUUACCAGCCCACUGGUCCAGCCUGCUUUUUUGCCCAUGCAGACCUACAUGCCAGGUCUGGCCAGCAGUAUGACCUAUUCUAAUGCCAGUGUGCCCGUGGUGGGCAUUACACCAUCUCAAAUGGUGGCCAACGCCUUCUGCACUGCCACAGGCUCAUCAGGUGCAGCCAUGGGCUCAGGAGCAUCCAAAGUUGGGGCACUGGAAACCGUGGGGCAGCACCAUUCCUAUCCAGGAGCACCUGGUAUAACUGCAGGAUUCCCCACAGCUACAUUUUCCUCUACUUCACCACUGUCAACAGCCAUUAAUGGCGUCCCACCACACAGCAGUGCAACGACGACCCUUCACAAUGGAACCUCGGGCAGUGCUGGGAGUAGUGGUGCCAGUAGCAGCUGGCCUUCAGAGGGCAGCCAGCCUACAGCUCUACCAUUGAGCGACACCCAAGAUGAUGAUCGUUUUGAGGCCAAGUGGGCAGCACUGGAAUCCAAACCAUCACCUCAGACGACAGGGAGCAAGGCACCCGCAGCUGCAGCCAACCCGUUUUCCAGCAAUCUGCAGAAGACGUUUGAGAUAGAGCUCUGAGCUGGACUCCAGCGCUCAAAGCCAUAGCACUUGCUCUGCGGCUAAAGCCCAAGGACGUCAGAAACAGAUUCCAGCCUUCUUGCUUAAACUGGAAUUCAGUGCUUCAGUGACAUUUGUUUCUUUAUGACCUCAUAGAUGGAAAAAAAUUAGGAGUUUUCUGGGCUGCAGUCUGAGAAUCAGGUCUGUGUCCCUUCAGUCCACCUGGUAACUGUCUCUCCUUCCUGCUUCCACUUCUCCACUCAAGCUUCACUUUUCCUCGAUACAACUGCAUGAAAGCCCCGAGGGAGGACACCAUUCAGUGGUUUCUUUCUUUAAAAGUGGACUCCACUUAGAUGCAUUCCAUCUCCAUGGGAGAAUUUUGGAAGUUUUGCUUGAAUUGUUUUUAUUGUUUUGGACACAAUGUGUAUGGCUGCACUGCAACAUGUGGAGAAGCAGAGAGGCAGUGUAGAAGGACACACUGAUGCUGAUCCUAGAGCACAGCCCGACGCCUGAAAGGACGAGCCCACAUAACGUACCGACCUGCAGUAGAGAUUUAUGGCCAAAACUAUUUUGUUUAUUUUAACAAGUUCCAUGUACCUAACAGCAUGUUAGGUCGUGUUUCAGGAGUACGGCUUUUUAGCCCUGAGUACAUUUGAUUGUCUCUAAAGAAUAUUUCAACUGUAUUUGUGAGAGAGUUUACAUUUAGAGAAUGAAGGCACUGCGGGUAGUGAGUGACAGGAACCAAAUAACCACAACGCGGGCUGCAGCAGCGCUCUAGUCCUCACACAGGUGUGCUGCUGAGGUCCGACGGGCCUCAUCUGGCCUGGCAGCUGCGUCUAACUUCAGGUUAACCAGCACACAGACUCUCUGGACCGUAGAGCACACAGAUGUCCCUCGUCACACAAAACCAAGAACCAAACCAACUCAGUGGAACAAAACACCACAGCACUGUGGAACUGUUAGCUAAACAAUGCACUACGUUCCAAAUGUCAUGGAUCUAUUGAUGCCUUUAGACACAGGGUAGUCAUUGUGCCCAACCUGUUUGUGUUCACCUGUACUAACGCUGCAUUCCUCAGACUCCAGGACCGAUAGGAAGGAACACACUCACGUGAAGAAAAUGUAAGAGCAGAAACAGAGCCGACCCGCCGUGUGUCGGAAAUGAGUCGGACCAUUAACGACUGAAGGGGAGGCGGAAACCCGACAGAAUGGGAUGAACGGGAUGUCUCGAUGAGAGGAUUUAGGGUCAAAGCCAUCACAGCGCAUUCAUCCUGAGACGUAGCAAAGGCUCCUCGUCAACAAAAACAUCUUCCAAAGCAAAUCCUCUGAUUCUAGUUAAAGAGCGAGACAUCUUAAUGACUUUAGUGUCAUAAAAAACGACUUUUUCAUGUUUAAUCAUCAGAAACAUCAACAAGGUUUCCAUCAUAUGUCAUAACAACAGUAGGACUAUUCACCAGUGAAGGGCUCUCCACAACCAGUCUGUGUUGUUUCCCCCGCCAGUCUGAUCAGAGAUGCUCCUGUUCAUCUCUCACAUCCAGAUGUUUGCUUCUGUCCUGCUGGUUCAUCUGACUGGUGAGCUGCUCACAUCAAACACGUAUUUAAACGGCUCUCUCGACCUUUCUUUACUAAGCGAGACUGGUUUCAUGAAAUAGAUGCUUUAUUUGAUGAAAACUUAUUUCCUUGUGCCCUCAACUCUUGUUUGCACGCCCUCCAAAUUAGAAAGGCAGGCUAUGUGUUCCACAAUAAGACAAACUAAAUGACCUCAUAAACCUGAUUGUAAAACGAUAGCUUAGUGAUGGUAACAAAACAAGCCAGUGGAGUUUAUUUUUAAUCUUUAUUUACAGAAUUUUUGUAUUUAAACCAACAUAUUUGUAUUGUAAUUACAUUGUAAAAAAAGAUAAAUAAAGUAAUAUAACAUUA